AGCUCUUUCGUUCACAUUUUCCAGACGUGGAACAGAUGGCCAUCGACUGGCUGACGGGCAACUUCUACUUUGUGGAUGACAUCGAUGAUAGGAUCUUUGUCUGCAACCGAAACGGGGACACGUGUGUCACUUUGCUGGACCUGGAGCUCUACAACCCCAAGGGCAUUGCAUUGGACCCUGCCAUGGGGAAGGUGUUCUUCACUGACUAUGGGCAGAUCCCAAAGGUGGAGCGCUGUGACAUGGAUGGGCAGAACCGCACCAAGCUGGUUGAUAGCAAGAUCGUGUUUCCUCACGGCAUCACUCUGGACCUCGUCAGCCGCCUCGUCUACUGGGCCGACGCCUACCUAGACUACAUUGAGGUGGUGGACUACGAGGGCAAGGGCCGGCAGACCAUCAUCCAGGGCAUUUUGAUUGAGCAUCUGUAUGGCCUGACCGUGUUUGAGAAUUAUCUCUAUGCCACCAACUCGGACAAUGCCAAUGCCCAGCAGAAGACGAGCGUGAUCCGAGUGAAUCGAUUCAACAGCACUGACUACCAGGUCGUCACCCGUGUGGACAAGGGUGGUGCCCUCCAUAUCUACCACCAGCGGCGUCAGCCCCGAGUGAGGAGCCACGCCUGUGAGAAUGACCAGUUCGGGAAGCCAGGCGGCUGCUCCGACAUCUGCCUGCUAGCCAACAGCCACAAGGCACGGACCUGCCGCUGCCGCUCCGGCUUCAGCCUGGGCAGUGAUGGGAAGUCAUGCAAGAAACCAGAACACGAGCUGUUCCUUGUGUAUGGCAAGGGCCGGCCAGGCAUUAUCCGGGGCAUGGAUAUGGGGGCCAAGGUCCCGGACGAACACAUGAUCCCCAUUGAGAACCUCAUGAACCCCCGGGCCUUGGACUUCCAUGCUGAGACUGGCUUCAUCUACUUUGCCGACACCACCAGCUACCUCAUUGGCCGCCAGAAGAUCGAUGGCACCGAGCGGGAGACCAUCCUAAAGGACGGUAUCCACAAUGUGGAGGGGGUAGCUGUGGACUGGAUGGGGGACAAUUUGUAUUGGACGGAUGAUGGACCCAAGAAGACCAUCAGUGUGGCCAGGCUGGAGAAGGCUGCUCAGACCCGAAAGACUUUAAUCGAGGGCAAAAUGACACACCCCAGGGCCAUUGUGGUGGAUCCACUCAAUGGGUGGAUGUACUGGACAGACUGGGAGGAGGACCCAAAGGACAGUCGGCGAGGGCGGCUGGAGAGGGCCUGGAUGGAUGGCUCACACCGAGACAUCUUCGUCACCUCCAAGACAGUGCUAUGGCCCAAUGGGCUGAGCCUGGACAUCCCAGCGGGGCGCCUCUACUGGGUGGAUGCCUUCUAUGACCGCAUCGAGACCAUACUGCUCAAUGGCACAGACCGGAAGAUUGUAUACGAGGGUCCUGAGCUGAACCACGCCUUCGGCCUGUGUCACCACGGCAACUACCUCUUCUGGACCGAGUACCGGAGUGGCAGUGUUUACCGCUUAGAACGGGGCACAGGCGGCGCCCCCCCGACCGUGACCCUUCUGCGCAGCGAGCGGCCCCCCAUCUUUGAGAUCCGCAUGUAUGAUGCCCAGCAGCAGCAAGUGGGCACCAACAAAUGUCGUGUGAACAACGGUGGCUGCAGCAGCCUGUGCCUGGCCACCCCUGGGAGCCGCCAGUGCGCGUGCGCUGAGGACCAGGUGUUGGACACAGACGGCGUCACCUGCUUGGGUAUGAGGUGCCCAGCCGGGGUGGGAGGCCUGGGAGCAGUCCUCAGCGGGAGGGGGCCGAAGUGUCCAGAGCCUCCCCCUCACCACCGGCCGCCCCUUGCAGCCCAGAUGACCUGCGGAGUGGAUGAGUUCCGCUGCAAGGACUCGGGCCGCUGUAUCCCGGCGCGCUGGAAGUGUGACGGAGAGGACGACUGUGGGGACGGCUCCGACGAGCCCAAGGAAGAGUGUGACGAGCGUACCUGCGAGCCCUACCAGUUCCGCUGCAAGAACAACCGUUGCGUGCCAGGUCGCUGGCAGUGCGAUUAUGACAACGACUGUGGGGACAACUCGGAUGAGGAGAGCUGCACCCCUCGGCCCUGCUCCGAGAGUGAGUUCUCCUGUGCCAACGGCCGCUGCAUCGCUGGGCGCUGGAAAUGCGAUGGGGACCAUGACUGCGCAGAUGGCUCCGACGAGAAAGACUGCACUCCCCGUUGUGACAUGGACCAGUUCCAGUGCAAGAGCGGCCACUGCAUCCCCCUGCGCUGGCGCUGUGAUGCGGAUGCCGACUGCAUGGACGGCAGCGACGAGGAGGCCUGCGGCACUGGCGGUGAGCCCCUCCC